AUGGAUUUGACAACGGUUGAACAUAAUCUUUGGGCAGGAGAAUACGAUGGUGCAGUUUCAAAAUUCUAUGAUGAUUUAGCACAGAUUAUUUAUAAUGCAUUCAAAUUCCAUCGGGAAGGUUCCGUAAUAUUCAAAGAAGCAGAUUCGAUGCUUGCGUAUUUUGUCGAUUUAACAACGAAACUUUCGAAACCACCACAUGAUCUAAAUAAAUUGGACUUCGCACUUGCUCAGAUUGAUGCUAAACUCCCUCAUGAAGAAUUUGGUGAUGUUUGUAGUGUAGCACCAAAUCUGUCUCUUAUACACAUCUAG